AUGGUCCACCUCGCAACCGUCAGCACGCCCCCCGAUUCGGGCUUUGCCUCCGAGGACUCAACCUCCACCGAGCUCAAAGAGGUCCAGCAGAAGCUCAGCAAGGUUCAGCUCCAGCUUGCCGAUGAGGAAGACUGCUUCACCACCAGCGUCUACGGCUCCCGCUUCGCCAAUCAGGACCUGCCCAAGAGCGAGAUGCCCGAGAAUGAGAUGCCCAAGGAGGUCGCCUACCGCAUGAUCAAGGACGAGCUCAGCCUCGACGGUAACCCCAUGCUCAACCUCGCCUCCUUUGUGACAACUUACAUGGAGGAAGAAGCCGAGAAGCUCAUGACCGAGAGCUUCAGCAAGAACUUCAUCGACUACGAGGAAUACCCUCAGUCCGCCGAUAUCCAGAACCGCUGCGUCUCCAUGAUCGGCAAGCUCUUCCACGCCCCCGGCAGCGCCGACGAGGGCAUUGGCGCUAUCGGUACUUCCUGCGUCGGCUCCUCCGAGGCCAUCAUGCUCGCCGUUCUCGCCAUGAAAAAGCGUUGGAAGAACAAGCGUCAGGCCGAGGGCAAGCCCGUCGACCGCCCCAACAUCAUCAUGUCCAGCGCCGUUCAGGUGUGCUGGGAAAAGGCCGCCCGGUACUUCGAGGUUGAGGAGAAGCUCGUCUACUGCGCGCCCGACCGCUAUGUCAUUGACCCCGAGGAGACGGUCAACCUCAUUGACGAGAACACCAUUGGUAUUUGCGCUAUUCUGGGCACUACCUACACUGGCGAGUAUGAGGAUGUCAAGGCUGUCAACGACCUGCUGCUCGAGAAGAACCUGGACGUUCCCAUUCACGUUGACGCUGCCAGCGGAGGCUUUGUAGCCCCCUUUGUCGUUCCUGACCUGGAGUGGGAUUUCCGUCUGAAGAACGUCGUUUCCAUCAACGUCUCCGGCCACAAGUACGGCCUUGUUUACCCUGGCGUCGGUUGGGUCGUCUGGCGCUCCGCCGAGUUCCUCCCCCAGGAGCUCGUCUUCAACAUCAACUACCUUGGCGCUGACCAGGCCUCCUUCACCCUCAACUUCUCAAAGGGUGCCUCUCAGGUCAUUGGCCAGUACUACCAGCUCAUCCGCCUCGGCAAGAAGGGCUACCGCGCCAUCAUGUCCAACCUCACCCGCACCGCCGACUACCUCUCCCAGUCCCUCGAGGUCCUGGGCUUCAUUAUCAUGUCCAAGCGCGCCGGCGAGGGCCUCCCGCUUGUGGCCUUCCGCCUGCCCGAAAAGGAGGACCGCACCUACGACGAGUUUGCCCUGGCGCAUCAGCUCCGCGUCCGCGGCUGGGUCGUCCCCGCCUACACCAUGGCGCCCAAGACCAACGACCUCAAGAUGCUUCGCGUCGUCGUCCGCGAGGACUUUAGCAAGUCGCGCUGCGACGCCCUCAUCACCGAUAUCAAGCUGUGCAUGGGCCUGCUCGAUCAGAUGGACCAUGCUAGCAUCAAGAGGCAGCAGGACUUCAUCCACAAGCACCACCUCACCAGCUCAAAGGCCUCUCACAACCACCCUAGGUUCAGAACUGCUGUCACAAGGACGGCUGUAUACGGUAUGUAA